UCGGAAGUCGUGGAGACGAGAGGAGGGCCGUCGCCGAUCUGCGAUGGAGAACAAACGCGAAGGAGAGCAUGAAGACGAAGUCGAGAGCAAGAUGGUGGUGUACCAAGCUGAGGCGAAGCGUGGCGGUGACUCCGACGCGGAAGAGGACGACGACACCGCGCCUGGCGCGCCGUCACCGGACGUCAUUGCAUUGCGCGAAGGCUACAAUCAAACGUACGUGAUUCAGUCAAGCUCAACGCAUUUGCAUGAAGUCCUCUUUCGCUGUGGAAACUGGUGCUACACGGGUAAAGUCGACCUCGGUGACUCGGAGAUUACGCUGAGCGACCUCCCGCUCGUCAUCCCUGCGCUGCAGAAGCAACAAGGGUCAUUGCAGUUUCUCUGCGAGUGGAAGCAAAUUCCGUCGACGUCGCCGUACGCUGUGCCGAUGGAGACGCUGUAUGAUGCGUUCGACUUCAUCGGGACCGAGUUGGCCUCCAAGAGUAUCGAGAAGAAGCUGAUGAAAGCUGCACAGGAGAACGCAUGGGUCGACGACGAUGGCGCGACCGACGGAAAAAACUUUUUCGAGCUCGAAACGGGUGGUUUUGAUUGCUUUGACGGCAUUGACUUGGUCGCGAGCAAAACGUUUGUGCGCGGCCUCGUGCUCUUGGUCAUAUACUACCGCCGCAGCUUCUACGUGGUGCUUCAAGAAGGUGACGGCGAGCAACCGCUGCUAGACGUUCGUUUCCCGGACCUGUCGCAGCACCUCCAAGGCGUGCACCUACGCCAUUACCAGGAGAACUUUAUGAACAUGAAGAAGCUCGUGUUGUGGCAAGCCAUGCCGGCUGACUUGGCAAGUAAGUCGCCGCCCAAAUCGUUUCAAAUGCAAGUCAAGGACGUAUCUGGCUCCGGGUACAACCAAACGUUCCUUAUCCAGCGCACGCAGCCACUCGAAGGCCAUCCAGAAAGCAAGCUCCGCGAAGUGCUCUUCCGCUUUGGCAGCUGGUGCUACAAUGGUCAUGUGGACUUGGGGCCGAAGCUCGAGCUGUCGGACAUCCCCAUUGUCAUUCCCAUGCUUCGCCGUCAGCAGAGCGCGCUGACCUUCAUGUGUGAAGUCACCAAGAUGCCUGCGACGUCGCUGUUUACGGCCACGAUGGAGUACAUUUCGUCAAUUGUGCCUGCGAUUCAGCAAGAGUUGGCUGCGUCCGAGGAAGUGUUGGCGCACAUGGCACGCAAAGGCCAAGAAGACAUCGGUCGGUGGCUCGACGACAACGGCGCCGAAUGCUUCUUUGAACUCUCAAUGGAACCGUCGCCAUUUCUCAAGCACGUCGAAGCGAUUGCGUGCAAAGUGUACACGGGGGCACUCGUGCUGAUCGUGCUGUACUACGACAACGCGUUCUUCGUCCACAUCGAAGACGGCCAAGACGAACAGCCCCUCCUCGACACGCGGUUUCCAGACGUGACGUGCCACAAGAACGGAUUCCAGGUCAAGACGUACCGCAAGGGCGUGCCAGGAUUUGCCAACUUGCGCAAGCUCACGUUGUGGAAGGUUAAGUACAACGACGCGGACGACGACGAGCGAAUGCCGGAAACGAUGGCAAUCAUCGCGGACAAGGAAAAGCAGCAGGCUGAGGCGAAGAAGGCGGCGAGCGACGCCAAGGCGAGUUCGCCAGGCCGCAAAGUCAACAUGCCCCACCACAUCGCCCCGUUGAAAGCCAGUGCGAACCUCAAGUCCAAGCUCCAGGAUCUCGGACCGCUCGACAAGUCGGCACUCAAGGCGCCAUGGGACGAAUCCGGCCGACCUCUCGGCCAAGCUGCCGCACGCAAGUGAUGGCAAAGACUCGUCGGAGGUGUUUGCAAUCGAUUUAUACGUUAACCUACGGUAGUCGCAUCCA